UCUUUUCUUAGUGAGAAGCAGUCACCUUGUGAUGUGUGCUCACUCCGCCUCUUCCCAGCUGAUGCUCGCGCCCUGUCAAUUUAUUUUCUCAGAUGAAGAGUUGAGGAAGGGGGAAAAGAAAGCAAGAGGGUCUGCGGGGGUAGCGCAGUUAAAACAUCCAUGGGUGGUUGUGUGGGCAGUCACCAUGAUUCUUCAGGCAGUCUAAACGAAAACUCUGACGGAACUGGAGUGGCUCUUGGGCGUAACCAGGCCUUGAAGAGAGAGAAGCCCAAAUGGAAGAGUGACUAUCCAAUGACGGAYGGCCAGCUGCGCAGUAAGCGGGAUGAGUUCUGGGACACUGCGCCUGCCUUCGAGGGCCGCAAGGAGAUCUGGGACGCACUCAGGGCCGCCGCCCAGGCCUUCGAGAGCAACGACCAUGAACUGGCCCAGGCCAUCAUCGACGGGGCCAGCAUAACAUUGCCACACGGCGCGCUGACUGAGUGCUAUGACGAGCUGGGGAACCGCUACCAGCUGCCGGUCUACUGCCUGUCGCCACCUGUCAACAUGAUCGAGGAGAAGAGUGACAUUGAGAGCCUUGAGGUCAGCGAGACCCCCCCCAGCGAGGGUCAGGAGUGCCAGCUACGCCUGCGUCUGUCCACGGGCCGGGACCUGCGCCUGGCGGUGAGGACCACGGACACGGUCCAGCACAUGAAGCGGCAGCUGCAGGCGGUGGAGGGCGUGUCGGCGGCCACCCAGCGCUGGUUCUUCUCGGGCCGGCCACUCACGGACAAGAUGAAGCUGGAGGAGUUGAAGAUCUCCAGGGACUACGUGGUGCAGGUGAUCRUCAGCCAGCCGCCCGCCCCCCUGCCCACCCAGGCACCGCCCACCCCCACGCCAGACACGCCCGCCACGCUACCCCAGGACCCCACACCCGUGGAAAACUAGUGCCUGGCACCCGGAGAGGGCAUGCAUGUAGGAGGAGAGAGGACCACAUUGGGAGGACCAGCUUGUGUCUAAGAGAGCGAGCGAGAGAGGGGUGGAAGUGUGUGUCUGUGUUGAGGGAGAUGUGUGUGUGUGUGUGUGUGUGCGUGCGUGUGUGAAGGAGCUAAGCAGGUAGAAGAUUAAACACGUGUCUGCAAAGGGGCUGAAACAGGACUAGAGAACCAAGUCGAGCUGAGUGGUCAUUGAAAGGGUUUAUAUACAGUUGAGUGUUUGUUAAGCUGUGUUACCUCCCUCUCUCUUCUCCCUCCUCGACGGGACGGCGAGGUUAUUCUGCAAGGCAUGCUAGGAUAGCAGCAGGGGUGUGUCUGUGUCUCAGCCGGAACAGGAAGACUCCGCCUCCUCGACUGAAGACAACCAACCAGGAGGAGGAAGAGACUCAACCACAAGACAGGACCACCUGCCAACCUGACUUUUAACAAAUCAACCUUUUACAAAAACUAUUUUUAAAAACUUGUCUUGCUUUUAGUGGAAACUGAACAACCAAAAAAAUUAAGAUCUGGGGAAACUAUAAGGAACAGGGAAGAAUAUACAGUAACAACUUUUUCAUUUUGCAUUGUUUUUACUCUUGUUUUGAUUUCACUGCUGUUGCAUUUUAGUCCUUGUCUUUGUCAAGGGUGAUUCUGUAUUGAUUUGGAGGACUGGGUCAAUGUUCCAGAACCUCUUACCUGCCUGCCUGCUCUCCAUCUCCUCUGUAGCUUCUAGUCAGUCAGCUGUCUGUCCUUCUAUUGCUCUCUUUGUUAUGCAUCCUACCUGUAACAGUCUUGACCUGUAGCUUCCUUCUGCAGACAUUACAUGUAGCUCUGCCAGUCAACUCUUAAGUAGAUGAAUCACAUGCUCCGGACUAUACCUUUUUUAACUCCCGUCUUGGUUUGUGAAGUUAGUAGGCCGUCACUGCGUCAGAUUAGUUCCCUUCUCAUUCUCCAGUAAACAUCCCAAUCGUGUAAACUUGACACUCUCGCUCUACAGUUGUCUGUAUGCACCUGGUAUUUGCUUGAGAUGGAAAUACAGUAGGUUUCCAGUUAUUACAGGUGCAGAACUUUAAAAAAGGAAAACAUACAAACUGAAUGUGCUGGGAUGAGGUGUCAUCGCAAAGUGUUACUAGCACUGUGUUUAGAAAUUCUGCUUCACUAUACUUUAAGAUACGUAUCAGCGCAGUGUGUAUUCAAUUUGUGUGUGUGUGUGUGUGUGUGUGUGUGUGUGAUAGAGAGAACGAGCGAGAGAGUAAAUGCAUGUUUGAGAGGUUGUCAAGAGAAAGUGUUGGAUGUACAGCUAUGUUCAUGUGUACAAUAUCUUCUGGUGACAAGAGCCAGACCUCAGAACAUACCAAGAAGAGGUUACGACCUUAGCAGGUCUCUAGGGGUUGUACUGUGGAGCGUGGACAUAAGUCACACCAGAGGUCUUGUCCUGUACUCCUGUAGCUGUUAAGACUUGAGUAACAUUUUUCUGCUUCUCUCCUCGUGUGUGUGUGUGUGUGUGUGUGUAAAGGCACAUCAAGACUUAUUCAUGAAAAAUGUAUUUCAGAAACCUAGUUGCAUAUUUCGAAAUAGAAUGUUUUUAAUUAAAUUGACCAACAUUUGUACUCCACAA